AUGUCCUCUGCUCAAGAUUCCGCCACCAAGAUCUCUAUCGAUAGAUUCGAUGGAGACAACUACGCGACGUGGAGCCGCUACAUGUGUGGCGUGUUCCUGACCAAGUCGACGUGGCACGUGGUCAACCGGGAGACCACCCCCACCUUCGCCGAUCCUCGCGCCAGUGAUUAG